AUGUCCUACCCGCAGGGCUACUUGUACCAGCCGUCCGCCUCGUUGGCGCUCUACUCGUGCCCCGCAUACAGCACCAGCGUCAUUUCGGGGCCCCGCACGGAUGAGCUCGGCCGCUCGUCUUCUGGCUCCGCAUUCUCGCCCUACGCAGGCUCCACUGCCUUCACGGCUCCCUCGCCGGGCUACAACUCGCACCUCCAGUACGGCGCCGACCCCGCGGCUGCGGCCGCCGCCGCCUUCUCGUACGUGGGCUCUCCCUACGACCACACUCCCGGUAUGGCUGGUUCCUUGGGGUAUCACCCUUAUGCGGCUCCUCUGGGCUCCUACCCUUACGGGGACCCCGCGUACCGGAAGAACGCCACUCGGGACGCCACAGCCACGCUCAAGGCCUGGCUCAACGAACACCGCAAGAACCCGUACCCCACCAAGGGCGAGAAGAUCAUGCUGGCCAUCAUCACCAAGAUGACCCUCACCCAGGUGUCCACCUGGUUCGCCAACGCGCGCCGGCGCCUCAAGAAAGAGAACAAGAUGACGUGGACGCCACGGAACCGCAGCGAGGACGAGGAGGAGGAGGAGAACAUUGAUCUGGAGAAGAACGACGAGGACGAGACACAGAAGCCCGAGGACAAGGGCGACCUCGAGAGCCCCGAAGCAGGAGGAGUAGACCAGAAGGCGGCUGCAGGUUGCGAACGGCUGCAAGGGCCGCCCAGCCCCGCCGGCAAGGAGACGGAAGGCAGCCUCAGCGACUCGGAUUUUAAGGAGUCGCCCUCUGAGGGUCGUCACGAUGAGUUGCCCAGGCCCCCGCGCGCGGGCGGGCCGUCCCCAGUUGGGCCCGCAAGCGCGCGUCUGGCGGAGGACGCGGGUGCUCACUAUCCAGCGGGCGCGCCGGCGCCCGGCCCGCACCCAGCGGCCGGAGAGCUGCCCCCUGGUUCGGGCGGGCCCUCAGUCAUCCACUCGCCACCACCACCUCCACCGCCGCCUCCGGUCGUGCUUGCCAAACCCAAACUGUGGUCGCUGGCAGAGAUAGCCACUUCCUCGGACAAGGUCAAGGACGGGAGCGGAGGGAGCGAGGGUUCUCCGUGCCCACCGUGCCCUGGGCCCGUGGGCGGGCAAACCCUUGGAGGCAGCCGCGCUUCUCCUGCCCCCGCGCCCGCGCGAUCGCCCUCGGCGCAGUGUCCCUUUCCGGGCGGGACGGUGCUGUCCCGGCCUCUCUACUACACCGCGCCCUUCUAUCCUGGCUACACGAACUAUGGCUCCUUCGGACACCUUCACGGCCACCCAGGCCCAGGGCCAGGCCCCACAGCGGGUCCUGGCUCUCAUUUCAAUGGAUUAAACCAAACGGUGUUGAAUCGAGCGGACGUUUUGGCUAAAGACCCGAAAAUGUUGCGGAGCCAGUCUCAGCUAGACCUGUGCAAAGACACUCCCUAUGAAUUGAAGAAAGGUAUGUCCGACAUUUAA